AUGCAAGUCAAAUCUUUCCUUUUCCCAUUAGUUGCAGCUUUAUUAGCAGAAGCAGCUUCAUCAUCUGAUAAAUGUUCAUUUUCUAAAACUUCCAUCACUGAAGCCACUGGUAUUCAAGAAUUAAAUGCUUGUGAAACUUUGGAUGGUACUAUUACUGUCAGUGGUAGUGCUAUUGGUGCUAUUGAUUUGAGUUCCGUUAAACAACUUAAAGGUAACUUUUCUAUUCUCAAUACUCCAUCUGUUAUCUCAUUGAACUUUAACCAAUUACAAAACAUCACUGGUGCUUUGGUUAUUAAUAAUGCUACUCAAUUAAACUCUAUUGAUUUAACUAGUUUGAGUGAUGCCAAUGAAAUUCAAUUGGUUUCUUUGCCAUCUUUUGCUAUCUUGAACUUGAACACUGGUGUUGACAGUGCUGGUACUAUUGUUCUUUCCGAUACUGCUUUGACUAACCUUAACGGUUUGUCUCUGUUUAAGACUAUUUCCACCAUCAACAUUAACAACAACAAGAACAUUACUAAAAUUAACUUUGAAAAUUUGGAAACCGUUACCGACUCCAUGAUUCUUUCAUUCAACAAUGAUGAAGCUUCUGUCAACUUGGAUUCUCUUUUAUGGGCUGCUAAUUUGACUAUUCAAGAUGUUGAAGACUUUUCUGCUGCUAACUUGACUUCUGUCAAUGGUUCUUUGGGAUUCUCUUAUAACACUUUUGAAAAAUUGGAACUUCCAGAAUUAACCAAUGUUGGAUCUUCAAUUCAAGUUUUCGCUCAUGAAGCUCUUGAAGAACUUUCCAUUCCAAAAUUGACUACCAUUGGUGGUGAAAUUAGAAUGUUCAACAACACUGAAUUAGAAGACAUUGAAUUCAAAAAUUUGACCACUGUUAAAGGUGCUCUUUCCAUCACUGGUAGCUACUCCAACUUGACUAUGCCAAAAUUGAACUUGGUUGCUGGUGAUUUCACUGCUAACUCCACUAGUGAAGAUUUCGAUUGUAAAGAAUAUGAUGAUUUACAUGAUGAUGACAAAAUCAAGGGACACAACUAUGAAUGUUCUCAUCCAACUAAGGUUAAAGAUUCUGAAUCUAGUUCAAAGACUUCUACUGGUAGUUCCAAAUCAACUGGUAAAUCCAGUUCUGGUUCUUCUUCUGAUUCCGACUCAAGCUCAAACUCAUCUAGUUCUAGUAAAAAGAAUGAUGCUGCUAUGAUGACUCCAGGUUUCAUGUUGGCUGGUGCUUUGGGUGCUGCUUUGGCUUUAAUUUAA